AUGCAAGUCAAUAAGCCUCUGUGGGGGAAGGGAGAGUGUGAGUGGACGGAAAUCAUGGGAGCAGAGGGAGGAGGAGGAGGAGAGGAGGAGGAGGAGGAGGAGGAGGAGGAGGAGGAGGAGGAGGAGGAGGAGGAGGAGGAGGAGGAGGAGGAGGAGGGCGACGGUGGCGACGACCACGAACACUGGCAGCGGCAAGAAAGCAGUACCCGCCUUUGCAUGCUGUCUGCUGCAGCUUCAGCAGUACUUGCCCCUGCAAACGCACUACAAACGCUGAGAAAAGCUGGCGUGACUUCCCGUGCACAGUUCGUUGGUUCAUCCGCUUCUAUUUCCAAUACGACUCGGAACCCGCCUGAUUUAUCAGUCCCUUUGAGCUGUCAAACAGCUUCCCCCCCCUCUAUUGAGCCCACCAUGGCGGUGGGCUACCACCCGCGCAUGGAAGCCCCCUCCGCUAUUCCGCGGCCCAGCGGAAUACCUCCUUUACGGCACGCGAGCGCCGGCGCCGUCACGGCUGCCGGCCAACGGCACCGUCACGAUGUUGGAGCCGACGAUUUGAUGGCAGGGACAGGCAUUCCUUUGCCGGGAGACCCGGGACCGUUUUACUUGGGCGAGUGGCGGAAGAGCUCCGAGGCGCAUCAGCACGCUGUGGGCGCGGGGGAGGCGCAAAAGGCAUGGGUGGAUCAGAAGGCGGCGGAGGCGCAACAGGCAUGGGAGGCGGAAAAGGCAUGGGAGGCGGAAAAGGAGGAGGAGGCACAAAGGGCGAUGGAGGCGCAAAAGGCGGCGGAGGCGCAAAUGGCGGCGGAGGCGCAAAAGGCGCGGGAGCUGCAGCGGAGGAUAAAGGAGCUGGAGCGAGCCAGCCGCGAGCAGGAGAAGGAACUCGCGUCGCUAAGAUCCCAGAAAAUUGCAGCAGAGCAGAGCCUGCGACGGGAAAAGGAAGCUUCCGCGUUGCUGCAACAGAUGCUCCAGCAGGAGCGGGAGGCGAAGGCGGUGAUGCUCGCGGCGCGCGAGGACGAGGCCGCCGAGAUCGACGGCGAGAAACGCGCUUUGAUCGCGCGGAGCAGGCAGCUGGCGGCGCGGGUGGAGAGAGCGGAGGAGCGACUGGAGGGGCUGGAGCAAGAGAAGGAGGCCGUCAUACUCGAUCGCGACGCGAUUGCUAUGGAAUCGGAGGUGUUGGUGGAGCGACUCUUGGAGGUGGAACAGACGGUGGAGAUGCUUCGGCAGGAGAACGUGAAUCUCGAGGCGGAGCUGUUGGCCGCACAGCGAUCGCGAGAUACGUACUGGACGCACAGUAUUGCACUGUACCAGGAUAAAGCAAAGCUGGAAGAGCAGUUAGCACAACUGAGCAGCAUCAGCAGUAACCUGGCAGGAGGCAGGACCAAGGCUGCAGCUACUUUGGGCAAGAAAACCCAGACCCCCACCAGAGCCGGAGCAGGCGGCGCAGCAGCAGCGGGUGGCGCCCGCCGAAACUCCCUCCCAUUCCCUAACCCACGCUCUUCAGCAUCUCCUCUCACUUCCCUAGAGACCUUCACCUCCCCAUUUGCACUCCACCCCACCGCUCUCAACUCCGCCCCACAGCUGCUGAAACAGCAGCUCACGUUCGGCACGGUGUACGAGUGCCCGCCGCUGCUCGCGUCAGCGUCCAUGUCAGCAUCCACGUCAGCAGCGAUAGGCAUGACACAGCACGGUGGGCUUGACAUGGUGCGAGCAGCCAGCAUCGCCAGUGGGGCCCCUUCUACUGCCAAUGCUGCUGCUAGUGGUGGUGCAAUCAGUGCAGCAGGGGGGUUUGACUCAGCCGGCAUGCGCAGGAGUGGGAGCUUUACAGCAUACCAGGCCCCAGCUUCCACUCUCCUCACACGCAGCCUCUCAAGCAACACGGCAGAGCACAGGGCACGGCAGGCCAGCAUGGCAGCAGCUGGUGGUGGUGGCAGAGGUGAGAUAUUGAAUGGAGCUGCAGGGCUGGCUGCGGUGCAUGAGGGCCCUGAAUGA